AUGAGCAAAGCGAAGAUGCAGCUGCUGCUCAAUAUCUACCUGGCCAUACUGGCGAUUGCCGCCUCCCACGCCCUCGCCGUACCCGCCGCCAUCGCCCUGCACGAACGAGACGGCCCGUCAGCCCCCCGCGACGGCAGUCCCGAACCCAGCCCGUACCAGGACGAUGAGCAAAGCGCCUCUUCUUCUUCUCUACAGUAUGACAAGAAGCUGCCCGGCGUCAACCACAAGCCGGUGCCGACGAUGCUCAGUGCCAACGCGAGCGCCGGGGCCGUGUCGAGCAACCCCAUCGCCGCCUUCGGGCAAAAGUGCACACAGCUGACGCUUCUGGGCGACGGCAAGAGGGGACAGUCGACGCUGCAGGCGGCGUGUCUGGAUGAUGGCAAGGAGGGCAGCUGUUGGCUCACGAGCCUGAAUCUAAACCAAUGUCUGGGAAACGACGGCGGGCAGCUGGUCUUUCGAGAGCGUGACAACUACGACGCGACUUGCCGGCCCUGCGGCGUUGAGACUACUGCGGCCGCCGACGGCCAAGUCUGGCUGCGGUGCGCGUGCCUGCGGGAAGCGGAUGGCGUGUCCACGUUUGCGGAAUUGUCCCUGAGUCAGCACUAUGGCAGCGGCCUUGGUAUUAAGGUUGUUGACGGCCGACUCGUCUGUGGCAGUCACCAGGGCACCAAGAGUCCUCAAUUCGGCGCAUCAUCUGGCAACGACGGCGGCGAAAAGUAA